AUAUGUUCUAAUAAUCUUUUUUGAAGACUUUAUCAAAAAUCAUGGUCUACCGGCAUUCAAAAUCAGACAGAAUCCUUUUUCAAGUAACCCAAGGCCGCAAUAGUUUUACAGCUUUUGAUAAUGGACACCGCAUGAUGCUUGGACCGUCAACAAUGUACGUGGAGCGUAAGUUCCCCAUGCAGUACAUCAUCGAGAACAUUGAAGAAAUUCCCCAUGAGUUUCCUUUGAGUUUUGUUAAUGAAAGAAUGUCCUUCGUGGGAUUUAUUUCUAGGUAUCACCAUUAUAGAGGGCACCACUGUAUAUAUAAACAAGAAAGAAAUGAUGCUGAAAUAUACGUUGGAUUUUACCUUGAUUACGAUAAUCCUUAUUCAUACUUUACCUGGGGAGAUGUGCGUCUUGGGAAGUUCAUCUGCCUUCACGAUCCCAGAAUUCACUAUUUUCUAGAUGCAUCUGUCGGAAAACGUGUCAAAGAAAGCAGCGAGGCCUUCUUUUUGAUGUCUGAAUUCCUUGACUCUUUGAUUAGACUUUGUGCUUGCUUUAUAAAAUACAUAAGUGUAUAUACUCUUUUAGUGUCUGGUUGUGAUGGUUUCCUUAAAUAA